CCUCGUACUACGCGGUUGGCUUCCUUCCCCACCCAUCUCUCCUCUGCUCUUGUCCUGUGAGAUGUGAGAGAGAAAAGAAAAAGAAAGAUGGUAGUUUGAUCUCAUCCAUCCCCCACCGGAGUCGACUGCGGCGGAGCGGAGCGCACCGGAGAUCUUCCCGUCCGUCCGUCCGUCCUUCCUUCCUUGUCGGUAAGGUUCUGUGGCCAUGUCUGACAGCGAGAAAGAGGUGCCAGUGCAAGUGGACGAAGGCGCCACCCGGGGGGCCGACUGGGAGGUGGUCACGCUCACCGCGUCCACCUACGCGGCUGCGCCCAGCGGGCCAGAAGGAGCAGCAGAGGGCAAGAGGCUCGGCGACGGCAACGACGGCCGUGGCUCGUCCAGCACGCUGCUCAUGUCGGACCACUUCGUGUUCCCCCCCAGCGAGCACGAGAACCUGCCCAUAGAGACCGCCCUGCUCGAGCCCCAGGAAAGUACCAGCGUGGAAGAUGCUGGCUUCAAGAACGUGGGAGGAGGCUAUGAUGAUGGGUCCGAGACGGUCAAGUACUAUGAUGAGGGGAAGAGCCUGUCGGUACAUGAUGCCGAGAUGAUGAUGGGUGACGUGGCUGAGUUCCACUCCGAAGAUGACGGACGCGGUUACAUCGUCCAUGAUGAUGAUGAUGAUUCCCAGGACAAGUCUGACGUGCCUCCUCAGGACAGUAGCAGCAGCAGCAGCAAGGGCCGCGGCUCUGGUGCCCCCUGCCAGUGCUGGUUGAAGAAGCACAUGUCAUGCCUGUAUGACCAAGCUAAGGAGACUAAUCAUCUCUGGGGUGCCGUGGUUGUGGCUGCCCUGGUUGGCCUUGUCAUCUUGUGGCGCAAAGACAAGUUGCACAUGAGCUGCCUUAAAUGGCGCUCUCGCUCAGCAGUCAGUUGAUGAUCUGAUCCCCUGGACUGGUGGGUCUGUUUGUGGUCUUCUUCCUCGAUACAAUCUCUGAUGAGUCUUCACAGAUCGCCCUGGAAGUCAUUAUAACCAAGAAGAUGGCCAUGCCAAUAUGAUUCAUGACAAUGACGAAAGGGAUCUCUAGUUGUAAUAAUAUAUUAAGUUUGACAGGGUAUUUGCUUGUUGCCAGGCUUCUGAGAUGCCAAAGUUUCUUCUUGCUCUUGUACCCAUAGUCGUCGUACCUUUGCACUGUUUAAUACGAACGGCGCGCCCUUUCAAGUUUCUA